CGUGCAUACAGUAAAUACAAGCCCAGUUAUUCAUUAUUUGUGCACUCUCACACAGACUCUGGUUAAUGCCACAUCCCUAAACAACUAAUGAAAAGUGACAGCCAGCCAGCCAGCGCUACGGGGCACACAAGGCGAUCUCUCCUGAAGAUGUUUCCACAAUCAGGGAAGUCGAUUGUCUUUGACAACUUUCCCGAUCCAACCGACACCUGGGAAAUCAUUGAGACAAUUGGGAAAGGCACCUAUGGAAAAGUCUACAAGGUGCUCAACAAAAUUGAUGGAAGUAAAGCAGCUGUUAAGAUACUCGACCCCAUCCAUGACAUCGACGAGGAGAUCGAGGCAGAAUACAACAUCCUCAAAGCUCUGUCUGACCACGCCAACGUCGUCAAGUUUUAUGGCAUGUACUACAUGAAGGACGUGAAAUGCGGGGAUCAGCUGUGGCUCGUACUGGAGCUCUGCAAUGGUGGCUCGGUGACAGAUCUGGCCAAAGGCAUGCUGAAGAGAGGGGACAGGAUGGAUGAAGCCAUUAUUGCCUACAUCUUGCACGAGGCCCUCAUGGGCCUGCAACACCUGCACAUCAACAAAACCAUCCACCGUGACGUCAAAGGCAAUAACAUCCUUCUGACAACGCAGGGAGGAGUCAAACUUGUGGACUUUGGUGUUUCGGCCCAGCUGACAAAUACCCGUCUGAGGAGGAACACCUCUGUGGGAACUCCCUUCUGGAUGGCUCCGGAGGUAAUAGCGUGUGAGCAACAGCUGGACUCAACAUACGACGCCCGUUGUGACGUCUGGUCCCUGGGCAUCACUGCCAUAGAGCUGGGAGAUGGAGACCCACCCCUCUCUGACCUCCACCCAAUGAGAGCACUUUUCAAAAUACCCAGAAACCCUCCGCCUACUCUCCACCAGCCCGAGCUCUGGUCAGAUGACUUUAAUGACUUCAUCUGCAAGUGUCUGAUUAAGGACUUUGAGCUGAGACCUAAUGUGCUAGACCUGCUCCAGCAUGUGUUCAUCAAGCAGAUUGUUGGCAGAGAGAAAACCCUUCAGAAACAAUUGAUUGAACUCAUUGAUCUCAACCAACAAAUAGGAGUGAUUGAAAAAACAAGCCAUCAUGGAAAGACAGACAGAAGCACAGACAGUAAUGACAGGCAUGAACGUAUACACACUAAAAAAGGAAGCCACAUGAAGACGCAAACGGACGCAGACGAGGUGGAAGACCUCGCCACUCUUGAAGUUCUCGACGAGAACACAGUGUCAGAGCAUCUCCAGAGUCGCUAUGGAAGAGAUCAGAUUUACACAUAUGUGGGAGACAUCCUCAUCGCGGUCAAUCCUUUCCAUAAGAUGGAGAUAUACACUCCUGAGCACACAAAGAUGUAUAUAGGAGCUAAACGCACAGCUAACCUGCCGCACAUCUUCGCUGUGGCUGAUGUUGCCUACCAGUCAAUGGUGUCAUACAACACAGAUCAGUGUAUUGUGAUCAGUGGGGAAAGUGGAGCCGGGAAGACGGAGAGUGCUCACCUGUUGGUGCAGCAGCUGACAGUUCUCGGGAAGGCUAAUAAUCGGACGCUGCAGGAGAAGAUCCUGCUGGUCAACAGCCUGGUGGAGGCAUUCGGAAACGCCUGCACCGCCAUAAAUGACAACUCGAGUCGCUUUGGCAAGUACCUGGAGAUGAAGUUCACCUGCGGGGGAACGGUGGUCGGAGCACAGAUAUCCGAAUAUCUGCUGGAGAAAUCCAGAGUCAUUCACCAGGCGAUUGGGGAGAGGAACUUCCACAUCUUCUACUACAUUUACGCUGGUCUGGCUGACAGGAAGAAACUAGCCCACUACAAGCUCUCUGACAGUAAAACACCUAAAUAUCUGUGCAACGAGCACAUUAAAUUAGGGCCUGACAUAGUGAGCAACGCCUUCUACAAGGAGCAGUUUGAUGCAGUGGAGCAGUGUUUCAAAGUCAUUGGAUUCACCCUGGAGGAGCUGGGCUGCGUUUACAGCACUCUGGCUGCCAUCCUCAACGCCGGUGAUAUCGAGUUCUGUCCCGUCGCCUCUGAGCAUCAAACAGACAAGAGCAACAUCUGCAACAUGGCUGUCCUGGACAAUGUGGCAUCGCUGCUGUGCAUCCGCUCAGACGAGCUCCAGGAAGCCCUGACCUCCCACUGCGUUGUGGCCCGGGGAGAGACAAUCGUCAGGCCCAACACGGUGGAGAAGGCGGUGGAGGUGAGGGACGCCAUGGGUAAAGCUCUCUACAGCCGCCUCUUCAGCUGGAUUGUCAACCGAAUCAACACGCUGCUGCGGCCUGACAGCCACCUAGGAGAGGACGAGAAGGGCCUGAACAUCGGCAUCCUGGACAUCUUCGGUUUUGAGAACUUCAAGAAGAACUCUUUCGAGCAGCUCUGCAUCAACAUCGCCAAUGAGCAGAUCCAGUUUUACUUCAACCAGCACAUAUUUGCUUGGGAACAGGAUGAGUACCUGAACGAAGAGGUUGAUGCCCGGCUGAUUGAGUACGAGGACAACCGGCCGCUCCUGGACCUGUUCCUGCAGAAGCCCAUGGGGAUGCUGUCACUGCUGGAUGAGGAGAGCCGCUUCCCACAGGCCACUGACCAGACACUCGUAGAGAAAUUUGAAGACAAUCUCAAGACAAAAAGCUUCUGGAGGCCAAAGAGGGUCGACCUUGGCUUCGGUAUUCACCACUAUGCUGGAAAGGUGAUUUACAACGCUGCGGGCUUCUUGGCCAAGAACAGAGAGACUCUUCCGGCCGACAUCGUCCUGCUGCUGAGGUCUUCAGAGAAUGAGCUCAUUCGCAAACUUGUCACUCAUCCCCUCACAAAAACAGGCAACCUUGCCCACACCAAGGGUAAAGGCAUAAACACAAUGCGAAGCCCGCGGACCCCGACACGCACCAUCUCCUUCGCCAAGAUGGGAGUGCUAACCUUAUACAGUUCUUUUUCUCUUAGUGAGCCAGGUGAAGCUGGAGAGACGGCUUGUCACCCUAGAGAAACCACCAACAUGAGAACACAGACAGUGGCCUCCUAUUUCAGAUACUCUCUGAUGGACCUGUUGUCCAAAAUGGUGGCGGGGCAGCCUCACUUUGUGCGCUGCAUCAAGCCCAACAACGAUCGCCAAGCGCACAAGUUUGACCGGGAGAAGGUUCUGGUUCAGCUGCGGUACACCGGCGUUCUGGAGACGGCCAAGAUCAGACGGCAGGGUUACUCUCACCGCAUCCUGUUUGCUAACUUUAUAAAGAGAUACUACAUAUUGGCUUUCCAUGCUGACGAGGAGCCAGCUGCGACUCCGGAGACUUGUGCGGCAAUACUGGAGAAGGCCAAGCUGGAGAACUGGGCGAUGGGGAAGACUAAGGUGUUCCUCAAGUACUACCACGUCGAACAUCUCAAUCUGAUGGUACAGCAGGCCACGCAGCGAGUCAUCCUGCUCCAGGCGUGCGUUCGCGGCUGGUUGGGAGCCAAGCGCUACCGGCGGAUAUUAAAAGAGCGAGAGCAGAGCGCCGUGGUGCUGCAGUCAGCUUACAGAGGUCAGAAAGCUCGGAAAAGGGUCGCUGAGGACAAGAGCAAAGCCAAGUUGGAGGCCUUCAUCGUCCAGUUUCAGGCUGUUUGCAGGGGCUACCUUGCAAAAAAGAAAUACAAGGAGCUGGUAGAUGAGAAGAACAAAGCAGCAACCAAGAUUCAGGCUCGCUACAGAGGGCACAAGGAAAGGAAAAGCUUCAAGAGAAAACAGGAAGCCAGAGAGAAAGAGAAAGAGGAGAAGGCUCUCAAAGAAAAGGAGGAACAGAUGCCAGAACCUGAGAAAAGCACCAAUGAAGAAAGUGCCUCUGCUGCAGAAGACAAAGCAAAGAACGAGGACGAGGAGGAGGAAGCCAAAGCCGCCGUGGUUCUUCAGAGCAACUUCAGGGGUUACAAAGAGAGGAAGAAGUUUAAGGAGAGAAAAAAGACGAUGGCCGGGGCAGAGCUGGGGAUACCGAGUGAGGAAAAUAAAAAAGUUGCUCCAGGAGAAAAGACAACCGAUAAACAAGAGGAGAAUGAUGAAGAUGAAGAAAGUACUUAUGAGGCGGAGGAGAAUGACGACAGUGAUCACACUCAGGUGCCAGAAGACGAAGAGCAUACAGAAGUGGCGGAUGAAGCCGUGAUUGGGGACGCAGAUGGUGGGAAUGAAGGGAACGAGGAAGGUAAGAAGAAAGAGGAGGAAAGUGGAGAGGAAAAGACCGCAGGGGAUGAAGCUGUUGACUUAGAGGAGGAAACCAAAGCAGCCACUGUUCUCCAGAGUAACUUCCGCGGUCACAAAGAGAGAAAGAAGUUGCAGGAAGAAGGCAAGAUCCCAGCUAAGAAACAGAAAGAAAAAGAAGAAGAAGAGAAGGAAAAAGAAGAAUCAACAGAAGCUGAAGCUGAGGCUUCUACGAGUGAUGAUCCAGACGAGGCCAAAGCUGCCGUUGUGCUUCAGAGCAACUUCCGUGGGCACAAGGAACGCAAACGACUCGAGGAGGAGGGAAAGAUUCCCAAAAAACGGAAGACGGAACCGGGGGAUUCACCAGAGCCUCCAAAAGAUGAGGCGGAGGAACCAGUGCCUGAAUGUCAGGAGGACAUUCGUCCUGAGAACCUGGAGGGACUGGACGAGGAAAAAGCAGCUACUGUCCUUCAGAGCAACUUCAGGGGCCAUCGAGAUAGGAAGAAACUAAAAGCAGAUAGAGAAGCACAAAAGAAAACUCCCGAUGAUGCAGAAGAGGAGGAGGUGAAGGAGGAUGCCCUGGAUGUAACGGAUGUGAUGAUAGAACAUAAAGACGAGGCCGAGGCUGAAAGAGAAAGACUGGAGGAGGAACAGGCUGCGGUGAAGAUCCAGAGUAACUUCAGAGGCUACAAGGACAGGAAGAACCUGAAGGCCAACAAGCAAACGGCGCAGGAUGAGGCCGAGCAACUAGAACAAUUCUCCAAAGAGCUCACAAAGUCUUCUCAGGACUUUCUCACCCUGCAGCAGAAGUUGAAUGAUAUCAUCCAGGCCCAUCAAUCAAACCCGGAUAGCGGUGGCAUGUUUGUGAGGGGAAAGUCAAUCAAUGGCUACGCUCCCCAGCAUCACCAAUCAACUGACAAGAGGUUGUCUAGAACCCCUCGCAGGACACAGCCCCCGAAGACCCUGAACACACCGGAGGACUCCACCUAUUACAACCUGAUUCAUCGAUCUGUCCAGGAUGACAAACGCAGGCCCCGGAAAGAGGAUCCAGGGAAGCUGCUGGAUGUGGACGACCAGUACUACCGGGCGCUGCCCACCAGCCGGUCCGAACCCUCCAUAUCCACAGAGGAGCCUUCGCCCAGCGGCAUGCCCGAGAGGAGGCGCUCCGUGGAGAGGAGACGCUCCAUGGACAGGAGACGGUCCGUGGACAGGAGGCGUUCGAUGGACAAGAGGCAGCCCGCGGACCAGAGGCCGCCUGGAGCCGGCCGGCCGACCAGAGAGAGAGCCGUCACCGAACCAGAGCUUUCCAGACCUCCCAGGGACAGCAGGCGUUUGGGUCCCAGGAUGUCCUCCACAGAGAGUCGCGGCGAGGACAAUCCCUACGACUUCAGACAUCUGCUGAGGAAGACGUCACAGAGACGAAGGCUCAUCAAACAGUACUGAACACGGGGAGGAAACUCGUCACCAAAAUCUGAAUAUUUUAUCAUGUUACAAAUGACACUGCACUCUAACAUAAACAUUUCAGCUUUCACAACACCUUUAGUUAGACAAAAAAAAAAAAACUGCUGACUUCGCUGGACACGUUGAUUUCCACGCUACAUGCUGAACACAGGAUAGAGUGAAUGUAAAUAAUAAGAGAACAUAAACUUUCUGUAAAUGUAGAUUUGUUCAUGAGAUGUGUGAUCUAGUCAUUGAUACAUGUUGAAGUCUUUUCUCAGUUCAUUUGUCAAACAUAUCUGUUUAACUAUCAGCUUCACUGUUGUAAGAAAUGUACAUUCUCUGCUCUGCUGUAACAUCAGGUUUGAUCAAUUAAACCUAAAAUAUAUCAAA